GGGAAAUCAAGAAAGGUAACUACAUAUAACCUCCAUGAGUCUGGCUAUAAGCUCUAUCAGGCAUGGCGCUGUGAGAACGAGGGUAACUUGCAUUUAUCCAUUUGCUUGUCGUUCAUUCAUUCACCGUACUUUCCUUUGCAGCAGCUGAGAGAACCAUGGCGACAACUCCCACUGCUGCUUUCAGGGCCCUCAUGGAUGGAGUGACAGAUCUCCCCAGAGUCCCCGACCCCAGUGAACUCCUUAUUAGAGAAUCUACCUUCCCCGUGAUGGUGAAUGACAAGGGCCAGGUGCUCAUUACUGCCUCCUGCUAGGGCCAAGACUGCCUCAUGGUUGUCUCCCGUGAGGGCUACCUGUUGCAUGCUGGUUUGGCUCCAUGUCUCCUCAAUACAGUGAGCUGACUCUGUCCUUGUCCCGGGGAUCCCAUAGGAGUACACCCAUCCUUGGCACCACUAGGAAAUGUCCUGCAGGACUCUGGUGUUGAGACACAGAUUGAUCCAGAACCAGGACUGCUGGGGGUUUACUGCAUCAGUGCCUUCGAUGACACCAUGACUGCAACGCCGAUCCAGUUGGGACAUGGAAGGGGCUUACUUAUCCGGGGCCGGGCCUGGUACUGGGUCAGCAAGUUCAGCCAUGACAAGGUGCUGUCCAGGUUCCUUGGGAUCAAGGUGACCAGUGUGGCUGGAGUGUACUUCCCCGACACCUGUGGGGACACAGAGCGCUUCAAGGUCUCUUAAGAAGGUUCCAAGAUCCCACUCCAUGUCAGGGGAGUGUCUGUUCCUCCAUUAGGGAGUCUGACUCAGGAUAAACAACAGAGUUGGUUUCCCUUGUCAACGAGCUUCCAUUUCAAUACAGAUUGUUUUUGACUCCGUUUGGAACCACCACAAAUCAAAAGCAGGAUGAUUAAAAGGCACCAAGACACAAGAGAGGUGGGCCUUCACUGCCACUCCCUCCUGUGGCCAAAGCUGAAUAGAAAAGCUUGUCUUACUCACCACUCUAUUUCCCUGCCUAGUGCCUGGAAC